CCGCGACCCGGACGACUGUUUCGCCUUUACUGUUUUGUCGGAAUGUGCGCGUGUGACACCUCCUUCACGGUGGGAUACGACUGGUGACGGAAGUGAGCCUGGUGCUUGCCUUCUUCCAAUAGCCGAGAGGAUACGCGUCGAAAGCUGUCGAGCAGCGAGAGUGGAGCGUUGCUCGAAGGAAGAGUAGCGCCGCCCGAAACUGCGCGUGGAACGAAGACUGGUGUCUGGAAGGACCAGAAGAAGAGUGCGCGCCGGACGGAAGUUUAGUGGCAGAGAAGCGAAGCGGUGGCCCACUGACCAAACGCUAGGGAGUAGAAAUGUUAUGUUCCGAGGCUUUCCGGUAUCUGACCGUGCGCUUCACCGCCUGACACCGAUGCAAACACCGACUGUCAAGCGAAGCAAAAGGUUCAACGUUCGACUUCUGAACAGAGUCGAAGGCAAACUCGGCGCCGCCGCCAGUGCUGGGGGAUCUCGCUGGAAUGGUUUCGGCGAAAGUUUAUCGCGAAGUGCGCGCAGCUGUAUACUGCAAAUUGAGUGACACCUUGUGGAAUGAGUAAGUACUUCUCGUGAUUGACACCGUGAGAGUUUUCCUCGUGCUUCUCUUGCCGUGCUUCUGUCGCCGUUUGCGGUGAACGCUUCGUCAUUCUGACAACGUAUGCAGCGAUUAUCUCAAUUUGAUCGAAACUGCGCCAGCUUCGCACGCCGACGCACCCUGUGACGAUAUCUUGUUUACCUCGUCGUCCAUCUGCAAGAUCUCGGUGAAAUCAAAGGAAUAUAUUGCAAGGAGUGAGAUAGAUAACUAUAUCUAUGAAGGAGUGAGAUAGAUAAGCGUACGUUAGCUGCAAGACGGCGUUCUGUGCACUGCACCGACAACUGUGCGCCAACACUGUGAUCGCUCUCAAUUCUUCCCACCCGCGCACGCUCAGCUGGACUUAUCAACUGCGCGCCCGACUUUUUGCAUUCUAAGUGCGCCGCGAUUUGGGAAACCGAGAAACGAGAUAGAGAGAACAAAAAGAGGUGUGUGUGUGUGUGUGUGUGCGUGUGUGUGUGCGCCUGUGCGAUACCGCAGAUUGCAACUCCGCCACACUGAGUCAAAAAAGAAAGAAAGUUGAGAAACUGUGCGCUGAGAGACAAUGCGCGGUACCGUCGAAGAAUAGUCCGGAGACAAGGCUUGGUCCUUCAGAGCCGGCAGACAUGUGCUCCGAAGCCGUGUUGCGACGACAGCAGAAUCCGGCUGGGCCGAACGAUAUCGGAGAUAAGCGCGAAGCGGGCGUCCGCUCGGCGCGGUCGGCGUGCCAUGCACCUGAGGGCAAUGAUUCAGACCACCGCCGUGGUUGACGGUCCAGCGAUCCACCGGUUCCAGAGGAGGCGCAUCUCGUACCGGCGCAUCGCGCUCAUCCGGAGCUACUACAGCAAAGUGCCAUCCUUGCAGGUGCCGCUCAAAAAGUCCAUGAAGAACCUGUCGUGUCCCGACCUGACCAAGCUCGCGCUCCAGAAUGGCGGGACCUCGGAAGAAGACCUGCAGAGGGCGCCCAGCCUGGGCGACUCCAUCGGAGACACCAUGUCCCUGCACUCGGACCAGUGUACGGAAGACGAACUGCAGUUUGCCUUCAAGAACACGAAGCUCUUGAGGACCGACAGAUACGGCGAAGACAGCGACUCCUCGGACUGCAGUCACUUGGAGAUGAUGCCCGGGACUCCCCGAAACAUCCUGACUCCGCAAACUAUGCUGCGUCACAGCGACGUCACGGACACGCGUGCGCCUUUCUCGGUUUCAGAUGACGACGCCUUGCAUAGCCAGAGUGACAAGUCCUCUCAAAAUGAUUCGAGUUCACCGAAGCUCACGAUGAAGCGGCCGGCUCCUCGACAGAGGCGAAAGGCUCCGGCACCCCAGAGCCCCCUGGUCCAAAACAGCGCAGGCAGGAUUCCAAGCAUCAAAGUUACCUGUGAGACGCCGGCGCUGCGGUCAUCCUCUGCGGAGAAGCUCAACGCCUCCGACUGGGCGGCGGUUCAGCUGACCACUCUGAAGCGCUGGUUCGCCGAGCUGCAGGACGACUUCUCCGAGUGGCACCCCGUCGAGGUGCCGGACCAGCCUCCGAAGGACAACGACGAGUCCUUCUCGCUCAAAUACACCAAGGACACCCUGUUUCGAUUCGCGUGCGUGGACUGUUCGCUGCGGGCAGUGCAACAUGAGGUCACGAAGCUUCUCCAGUGGAAGUCGCCACUGCAGACGCUCCUCGUCGUUGCGGCCAUUCUUCACGGACUCUGGAACGACUGCCUGCUGACUCUCGUCUUCGUCGGAGUCGCGUUGGGGCUCAUCAAGAACUACCUGGGCAUGAAAGGCUUCCUCGGCUCAGCCCCGGACGACGUUUUCACGACCGAUCACAAGAAGCUCGGCAUCGGCAUGGGAAUCGAUAAGGUGCCGGCGAUCAUGUCCCUCAACAUGAAAAUAGCGAAAACGUUUCACGUGCUGUCAGACGCUUUCGACAAAGGACUAAGCUUGUGGACGUGGAGGAAGCCGGCAGUGACGGCCAAAGUAUUGGGCAUCCUCGGCGUAUUAGCCCUGUACUCGAUGAUCCGGCCCACGGCAGAGGUCAUCAAAGUGCUCGGCACCGCCCUGGUUCUGAAGGCCUUCAUCCUGGACUACGUGUUCGUGCGGUUUCCACGAGUGCGCGCAAAGUACGACUUGGCGUGGAUCCUGUGGAACGAGCUGCCCACCGGACCCGAGAUCGAGAAGCAGGCGCGAGUGAACAAGAAGAAGGAGAAGCAGAAGAAGAAGUCCGACCCACCGCUGAUAAUGAUCAACAACAACGCGAGCGAAAGCCGGUCCCAAUCGCCCGUCUCGUUCCGAGGGGACGACAUCGACGAAGUUCUCAGCAGCAUCUUCAAUAUACCCACCUCGGAGAUGUGCCUGCAAGGCUGGGAACAAGGCAGAAAGUGCACGCUGAUCAAGAAGGAGCGUUCGCUCACCUCUGCAUUCCGCAACGGUCGUCUCUACUUGACAGACCAUUACCUGCUUUUCCUGCGGUACAAAACCCAGCACCCCAAGAAUCUCACCAUCCACCUCUCAGAAAUCUCCAAGCUCGAAAAGGGAAAGACAGCAUCGUGGAUAUCCGGCGAUGGAGCGUCCCUCAUUGUGACCAUGAAGAAUGGCGAAGUGUACACUUUUGGCACUGUCGCAAAUCGAGAGGAAACCUUCAAGAGCAUUGUGGAGCAAGGAAUGCAGAACAACUGCAAGUGGGCGUCCAUAGCCGACCUUCUGCAAUCCAAGACCAGCUAAUCGACUCGCCACUUGAGGCCUUGUGCAUACACUCCACAUUCCAUGCGCAAAUCAUUUGUACAUAUGGCCAUUGUCAUAGUCAAACUCUGUGGCGCCACCUAUAAGUCUCAAGUGAUUUCUUGCCUGUGCAGAGUUGUGUUUGUAGUUUGCCUAGUCAGUUGCUGUAAAUAGCCAUGAAUGUUGUGUCGAGGAGAGUCCGACACCAUGUAAUGAGCCAACAAAGAGAUUAUACAAUGUAUAUAGUAAAUGAGAAGCUCAGCCCUGGCAACAACUAUACAAACGUGCCAGGUUAGGCUCUACGACUGCUUAAGACCUUUGCUUGCCUACGCAAAGGAAUCUGCAAGCAUCCACGGUUUCAGUUGUUGCGCACUAUUUCUCACAUGUGCUUCACAGCUGACAAUGAAGACUCAAUACAUUGGUGGGAAAUAUCCAAGAUAUUUCUGAAGAUUAUGAGAGCAACCAUUCUUGGAAUUACACUGACUCUCCUUUUAAUCAACAGCUUAACGUGCAAACAGCAUUCAGUCUACAGCCAUUGUGUCCUUAUGAAAGUGACCAUACAACACGACACUGUGAGCACAUGCGACGUGUGAUAUGUGAGCAGCAUGUUUACCUCUUUGUUUACUACAAAAAAAUGGGCAUAUGUUUUGAAGCUAUUUUAUGAGGAAGAUACCUUUACCUCAGUUGUUGAACAUUGAGUCAUUUAUUUCCUGCUGUUGCUCUUUCACAAUUCAACACAAUAAACUUGUACAUGAAA